GGUGUAUGACAAAUUCAAGGUACUAAGUUGGUGAUUCUGGGAGUUGCAAUAUUGUUUAGUGGUGUAGCAAAGAAGAGUGUGCUUUGGGAAAUUGGAGAUUUUGUCAGAAGUUGGGUGGUGGUUUUAGUUUCGGGUUUGAGAUUGAAAAGAAAGUAAUGGACUUGAGGCGAGGUAGAGGAAAAGAGAGGGUCUUUGGAGAAAGAAAGGUUGAUUCCAGUAGUAGUAGUACUAGUUCAUUAAGAAGAGAGAAUAAAGAGGUUUUCGAUGAUAAUCAUAUUAAUGUUAGGGAAGGGGUUAGGGGUUUAAGGCUUGAGGAAAGUGGUGCACCGCAGAAAAAGGAGUUUGUUGAAAGAUAUAGUCGAUUAUCCGAGUUCCCAAUUGAUAAUAGAAUCCCUGGAAAUGAUCUUGACACGAAUAUGAAUAGGUCCGAGUCUGUAAAUUCAAGUGUAGGGGAUAUUUCAGCCCAAUUAAGGUAUCUUGCUGGGUCAUUGAGAUCAAGGGAAAGUAUGGACCAGUGGGGUGUUGAAAGAGAUCGGUAUGAGGGGUUUUAUGGAAACAUCAGGGUUGCUGCCGAGCGAGGAAGAAUGCCAAUUUCUUCUUAUCCUAAUGAGGGGCCUUCAAAUUACCAUCUAGAGUCUUCUUAUGGUCAUGGUGAGCACAAGUAUGAUGUGAAUGGAGUUGAAAAUUUAGGACCUGAUCGAGUUGAGCUUCUUAGGAAAAUGGAUGAGUUGAAGGAGCAACUUAGAAGAUCUUAUGAUGUGGCAGAUAAACCAAGGGAUAUGGUUCCCCCAGAGAGGAGUAGGACUCCACCUGAUCCUUAUGGUGACCGGUUAACUUAUAGUCUUUCACUGCAGCAGCAAUAUGUUGUGGACAAGCAGAUGCCAAGAUCCCCCUACUUGAACUACAGCCAUGGGCCGGUUCCUUUUAUGGAUCAUCAUAACAUGCAUACGCAGAACUUUUAUCCUCAGAGGAAUAACUUGAAUGUGAUUCCGGAAUAUGAGGAUCCAUCUCAGCCACAAAUGACAAGGAGGCCUUCCCAUCAUCCACUCCAAUACCCACAACCACAACCUCAUGAUUACUUUAGGGGGCAACACAUGGGUUUCAACCAGAAUCCACUUGCAUCAUAUCCACAUGAACUUGUUGUACACUUGCCUGCAUGCACUUGUUCAGGCUGCUACAACCAGAAUUGUGUGGUUCCACCCCAAGUUCCUCAUACUGAUUUUGGCAACAGAAGUAUUCCAAAAGGUCCAGUUAAUUUGAAUUCCUAUCAUCAUGUCAAUCCUGUUACAUACACUCCACAUAAUUACCCCAGAAAUGCUAGUCCAACAAGAUGGCAAGGUGAUGUUGAUUCAGACAUUGAUGGCUAUGGUGAGAGAUAUCUAGGAAAGAUGAUCAACAGGAGGGCACAGAUUUCCCAUCCUUUCCGAGGUGGUGCCCCAUUCAUUACAUGCUUCCAUUGCUUCGAGUUGCUGAAACUUCCCAGAAAAUUCAAGAAGAGAAGUAAGAAUCAGUCAGAGCUACGUUGUGGUUCCUGUUUGACUAUUAUUUCAGUUGAACUUAAUAACAAAAGGCUCAUUACAUCUGCAUCUGCUCCUAAAGAAUCCAAGCAAUCAUCUUCUGAGGUUGAUAAAAAUUCUAAGGAGGUAUUAAGGGGCAAUGUCUUAAGUUCUCCUGAUUGUCUGAAUGCUGAUGACACCAACUCCUGCCAUGAUGAUUUAGAUAACUCUGGUCAGAACCUUCAGUUGAUAGUUGCAGAAGAUAAUUCACUGGCAGAAGAUGAGUGGCUGAACUUGGAUAUAUCUGAGAAGAGGGAAGGCCAUAGCUCUUCACCUUCCAUCUCUUCCAAGGAGGAAGAAGACACCCCAGAUAGUAUGAUUAUUCAGAGAGACGUUUCUGAUUCUGUUGAACAGCUCGCAAAAGAUGCCUGUUCUCCAAUAGCUCCAGGUUCACCUCUUUGGGAGCAGCCUGAUAGUCCUUCCAAACAUGAAGUAAGUGAGCAGCUUGAUAGUCCUUCCAAACAUGAAGUAAGUGAGCAGCUUGAUAGUCCUUCCAAACAUGAUGUAAGCAGAGAUGGGAAUGGAAAUAAGAGUGCAUGUAUAGACCAAGACAAGGUGCUCUUUAGUAGGAGCACAUCUGCACAGAAAUCUGUGAAAGAUAUGUCAGUGGAAACCGAGGUGGAUGAUUCAUACAAUGACUAUCUCAAUACCAACAUAUCGCAGGACUCUACAGAGGCAAGCAAAGAAGAUCGUCCCAAGAUCCGCAAGGGUACUGAUAACUUCUUGGUUGGUCUCAUCAAAAAGAGUUUUAAAGAUUCCUCGAAAUCUGAUCAAAUUGUGGAGAGAACUAAGGUUUUGAUCAAUGGGCAACCUAUACCAGAUCAUCUAGUAAGGAAAGCUGAAAAGCUUGCUGGCCCAAUUCAACCUGGAGAUUAUUGGUAUGACUUCAGAGCCGGAUUCUGGGGUGUGAUGGGUCACUCUUGCCUUGGCAUAAUUCCUCCAUCUAUUGAAGAGUUCAGUUACCCGAUGCCAACAAAUUGUGGUGCCGGCAAUACUGGUGUCUAUGUAAACGGAAGAGAGCUACAUGAGAGAGAUUUAGACCUACUUGCAAGCAGGGGACUGCCAACUACCAGAGAGAGAUUUUAUAUCCUUGAAAUUUCUGGGAGAGUUGUGGAUGAGGACUCUGGGGAAGAGCUAAAAUCCCUCGGCAGACUUGCCCCAACAAUUGAGAAGGUAGGACAUGGAUUUGGCAUGAAAGUCCCCAGAAUGGCUGUGUGAUUCACCUUUGUGGUUUUCAUUUCCUGAUUUUGCUGAUACUUCAGUUCUUCAAAGAUGAUGCUUACGAGUUUUUUCACCGUGGAAUUCUUGGUGUGUUUUAUCCCUUAAGGUGCCUUGUUAGUGUUAAACUGUAGGUAGAUGCAAAGUCAAAAUCUGUGGAAUAUGUUGUGAUUAUAACGACAUACUUUCAUAAUCUAAGCUUCAUUCUUUUGUAUAUCUGUGAGUAAGGUGAUUAGUUCAUCUAGUUUGUCAGGCAUAUUCAUUUAGCAACUAUCCAUUGUACCAUGCAUUUAUGUUUAGUGGUGGAUAAUUUUUCAUUUACUGAAA